AUGCCAGCAACCGAUGAUCUACGGCUGCUGCACAAACAGGAGCGUGCCAUGCGGAUUUCCUUGGACAACAUUAAGGAGUUUGUCCAAUCGAUUAACGAUGGAGCUGAUAGACGUUCUUUGGACAUGCGCAUAGCCAGGCUGGAUGAUAUCUGGCAACAAUUCAUCGAUAUUCGGAUGCGCAUUGAGCUAAUCACCGAUGGCGUCGAUGAUGAGAUUUCCACGGACGAAACGGAAGAAACGGAGGAAGCAAGAUUGCAACGGCAAGUCAGGGUCCAGAGACAACGAGAUCGUGAGAACUCGAAGAUAAUUAAAGAUUUCGAGAAUGAAGUGUACCGCUUGAAGGAAUCUAUGUUCGGGUUUCUUCAAUCUACAUCAAGUAGUGCACUGCAAGUUCAACAGCAUCAAUCUGUAGCUGUACCACAGUCCAAGGUGAAGCUCCCAGAGCUGAAACUGCCCACCUUCAACGGAAGAAUCUCGGAUUGGGUCACUUUUCGAGACACGUACAAGAACCUGAUCCACAAUGAUACUGGCUUGUCUAAUAUGGAUAAGUUCACUUAUCUGCGAACGUCUCUCAUCGGUGAUGCGCUUCAGGAGAUCGCAUCGAUCGAGAUUUCCUCUGCCAACUACGCCAUUGCGUGGACCGCCUUGGAAAAUGCCUUUGAGAAUAAGAAGUUGUUGGUGAUGACCCACUUGGACUCGUUGUUCGCCCUAGAGCCACUCCGGCAGGAGAAUUACGAGUCGUUGAGUAAACUCGUAAAUGGGUUUGAGAAAAACCUGCAAAUGCUGUCCAAGAUUGGUGAAAACCCGGAGGGUUGGAGCACGUUGCUGCAGUACAUGCUCUGCAAACGUCUACAUCCCACAACACUACGCCAGUGGGAGUCCCACUAUAAUUCUAAGGAAGUCCCACGAUAUGCUGACUUAAUCAAGUUCCUGAAGAGUCACUGUUCGGUGUUGCAGUCUAUCUCACCUGGAAGGCAAUUCCAGGCUGAACCGAGGAAAAUAGUUCGUCCUUCCACUAGUCAUGCAGGUAUCCAGUCAUCAGGAUGCUGUCCAUUCUGCGGAGAAUCUGCGCACUCUGCAUUUAAGUGUGCGAAGUUUUCAAAAAUGAGAAUUUCGGAAAGGGUCGAUGCCGUGAGGAAAAAUUCGCUCUGCUUGAACUGCUUGUCUCCUGCACACAUCGCAAGAUUUUGCACUAGAGGAUCGUGCUACCAAUGUGGCCAGCGUCAUCAUUCGUUGCUUCACGUGAACUCAUCGACCACCGCGAAUUCACAGAACAGAUCUGGACCAUUCCAAGGGAAUCAGUCAAAUAAGAAACCACAAGGACAAAACACGCAACCACCACAAACUAAGCCGACACCUAACGGUCACGCAACAAACACUCAGCAAACACAACAAAGCCACCCGGAAUCUACCACGAAUUCCACCACAAAUGCAAGUAAUGCUCAUUCACACACUCCCGCCACAGACGGCCCCAGUACAAGCUACCACACUGCUCCUUUAGUAAACACACAACAUGUACCACACACUGUUUUGCUCUCUACCGCUGUCGUCAAUCUAUAUGAUCAGUACGGUAAUUCUUUACUCGCUCGUGCAUUGCUGGACUCUGGCUCCCAGCGAUGCUACAUGUCUGAAAACAUUUCUCAGAAGCUCAAGUUCAAAAGAACUCGUGAGCAUCUGCCAAUCGUUGGAAUUGGAGGGUCUCGCACUGCUUCUGCUCAAGCAAUUUGCGCUGAAGUUCAUUCGCUCGUCACUAAUUACGUGACAAAUUUGAAGUUCCAUGUGUUGCCUCGAGUCACUGUCGAUCUACCCACACGAAGCAUCGACAUUCGAUCGUGGAACAUUCCGAAAGAGAUCAUCCUAGCGGAUCCGACGUUCAACGAGUCCGGAGCAGUUGAUUUGAUAAUUGGAGCGGAAGUCUAUCUGAAGUUGAUGAUUGCAGAACGCCAGAUCAAGCUUGGAGAUACUGGCCCAACCUUGCAGAACACGCUGCUAGGUUGGAUCGUUUCCGGAGGCAGUCCGGAAGUAUCAACAUCCCUAACGACAGUAUCAUCCUGUGCCACUGAGAACAUUGAAGAAGGAUUAGCACGGUUCUUUGAGCUAGAAUCGUGUCGCACCACCAGCACCCUAUCGCUGGAAGAAUCAGCCUGCGAGCUACACUUCGAGAAGACGACAACGAGAGAUUCGAGUGGUAGAUUUGUCGUCCAACUACCCAAGAAGCAAUUCAUGCUGGAUCGUCUAGGAGAGUCGCAGUCUAUAGCCAUUCGUCGCUUCAUGGCAUUGGAGCGAAGACUUGAUGCAGAUCCAGCAGUGAAGAAGAUGUAUACCGAAUUCAUUGAAGAAUAUCUACGGAUGCAGCACAUGCGUGAGAUUUCACCACGGGAAUUAAGUACAUUUCCAGUUGCUUAUUUCCUACCGCAUCAUGCGGUAAUUAAGCCGGACAGCACGACAACCAAGUUGCGUGUCGUAUUUGACGCAUCCUGCGCAACCACCACUAGAGUCUCACUAAACGACGUCCUUAUGGUAGGUCCUGUUGUUCAGGAGGACCUAAACUCAAUAACACUUCGCUUCCGCCUGCGGAAAUAUACAAUAACAGCCGACGUCGAGAAGAUGUACCGGAUGAUGAAGACGCAUCGCUUGGACCAUCCUCUUCACUGCAUUGUGUGGAGGGCCGAUUCUGGAAAACCUCUUCGCAUCUUCGUUCUGACCACCGUAACGUACGGUACCUCUUCAGCACCAUAUCUGGCAACGCGUUGCCUCAAGAAGCUGGCGGAGGAAGAGAAAGGAAAUUUUCCUGCCGCAGCGGACACCAUAAUCUACGACUUCUACGUAGACGACAUGCUGAAGAGCAUCGACAGUAUCGAAGAAGGAGUGCAGCUAUCCAAAGACCUCAUCCACGUGCUGGGCACGGCUGGACUGACCUUAAGAAAGUGGAGUUCAAAUUCCCGAGAGAUCAUGGACAGUAUCCCACCAUAUCUGCGGGAUGAACGCUCAUCUUUGGACCUCGAACCUUCGAAUUCCAUCGUCAAGACCCUCGGACUGAAGUGGGAACCUCGAUCGGACGUGUUCAGAUUCACUGUACCUCAGUGGAAUCCUGCUACUGAGCUCAACAAGAGGAUCAUAUUGUCCGAUUUCGCAAAGCUUUUCGAUCCCUUAGGCCUGGUAGGACCUACAUUAGUCCAAGCCAAGGUAUUUCUUCAGGAUCUUUGGAGAACAAAGUGUUCCUGGAACGAUACUCUUCCCGAAGAGCUUCAAAACUGGUGGCGAGAAUUUCGAGAAGGUUUGGAAAGAUUGCGACUGCUGCAAGUCCCUCGAUGGGUCGCCUUUUGA